AUGGCUGACUCUUGGCGCGAGGUAGCGCGAGCUCGUGUCUUCACUCGCCCUCCAGGAACGACGCGUCGCGAACACAUGCGCUAUCUUGACACGGAGAUCGCCAGCCUGGAGUCCAUACUGGCCAACGCCAAAGAGAUCCGCAAUAUGCAAAAUCUACUCGUCUCUUUCCCUGAGGAGAUCUUAGUCGAGAUUCUGGCGUACGUACGGGACACGGCCCCUCCUUCGGUCGAGCAAGACGUGUAUUGCGGAUAUCGCAAUCCUUGGAAUAUGCAGUGGCGAAGGUCUUGCUGGAGAUGCGGGGAAUACUGCCUGUGGACGAGUGCUACUGGAGUUUGCCGCCGAAUGAGGGCCGUCAUGGCUUGUGGUUUACUGCACGCCAGAGUCUGGGACAAUACUCUACCGGCCGUGCUUCUGCGGCGCUCCCUAACGCGUUCUGCGUCCAUCCCCCUCGACCUCGACCUCAACUCUGGUGCGCUCGGAUCCCACGUGUCUGGCAUGGAGGUGCUGAAGUAUGUGAAACUUCACCGAGACCGCGUACGCUCCUUAUCGCUACAUGAUGCUCGAGGAAACAAUACACUGGCGCUUCACUUCCUCCAACGUCUCAAUCUUUUCACAAAUCUGAAAUCCCUAAAGCUUACCCAACGUGCGAGGAAAGAAUGGGGACUGACCGCCCCGGAACUGCCGUUCAUCAUCCCCCUCAAUAGCCUGGGCGCUCCGAUCGAAGCUUGGCAACCUCCGCGGUCCAUCACAACUUUGUACCUCAGCAUUGCUCCUUUCCAGUGGACGAGCACGAUAUACGACGGGCUCAGCGAAUUGACCUUAUCCCAAUUGUCUCAAUCAGAUGACAAUGCACCCACUCUUGCUGUGAUAGGCGACCUAUUCCGUCGCAUGACACGCUUAGAAAGGCUUACGUUCGACCGGGUGGAAGUGGACGUCGGCGUGCUCGGGAUCACGGACGAAGAAGCGGAGUUUCUCGAAACCGAUCGAGACGAAGAGGCUCUCUUGUCAGACAGGACCACUGCCUUUCUGGACGAGCAAUGGCAAAACGGCGAGUACGCUCUUCCUCCGUCGCUGAAGACCUGGACGGUCGCCUUCAAGCCUAUGAGCAUGGCGCCGUUUCUCAUGCGUCCAUCGGAUACCGUGAAAUACGUGUUGCGGCCUCUAUGUCCUCCGCAUGACUCGGACGGCACUGUCAAGCGAUGCCUCUCGAUUCACUUCCCGCCCCCAAGCGGUGACAUGCGCCCACAUUUGGGCGUACGCUCCCCAAUAGUCGCCAUCGACUUCGCGGUCGAGGAUGGACCGACAUCGCUCCAAGCCAGCGCGAAGUACUAUCGCCGAACGAACACAAGCUCAGAUCCUGACCUCACGGUUCACUUCAGCACGGAGGAGGAAGAGUUCACUCCCUCAGAUUGCUUCUUCCACCUGCUUGACGAUCACGAUUCGUCGGACGCUAAGCGGUGGUUCGCUCGGCCGGACUAUGAUCAAGUCACGGAUCUAUCCCUGAGCUGCGUGCCGGCCAAGUACGCAUCUACAGACUGGAGACGAUUUGCUCGUUACCUUCCGUCCCUCAAAACGAUCACGCUCGCUCAGGAGAUGGUGCCCACGGUAGUUCUCGGGCUACAUCUCAACGUCACCCCGGCGCUUUCCUUCGAGGAACGGCAUUAUGGAGUGUCUGCUGAAGAAUAUUUUGCUCAGUGGCUCGGCCCUUCUUGGAAGUCUAGACGCGGCGAAGAUCCAGGCCUAGUCGCAGAGACAGCUAUCAACGAGCACGAGAGCCCGGAGCCUUUCCCAGCGACCCAAGAGGAAACUCCCGACGCUCAGGUUGAUGAUCAGACAGAAGAAGGUUACUAUUCGAACUUCCCAAUCGAGUUCUUCACCGAUCAAUACGAAUAUCGCGGUCAAGAUGCGCCCGUUCCCGAGGCAGCGACUGGAAUCGAGGCCAUUCACGUGAAGCCGGGCGAGGAAUAUGGAUACGCAUCGUCUGGAUACGCCGUUCAUCUGCUCUUAGACUGGCUUGCGCAUCGCAGAGAUAUGGGGUGUCCGUUGAAGGAGCUGCGCGUUCCGUCCUCCCUGGCCGCUCAGUUGGAGGAAUGCUUUUCGGAUGAGGAAGGCGAAGGAGGAUGGAGAUCCUUGCUGGCCCCGAACACGACCUGA